AUGCGAAAACUCAAGGGAAAGAAAGAAAGAAAGAAAGAAAGGAAGAAAGAAAGACGAAAAGAAAGAAAGAAAGAAAGAAAGAAAGAAAGGAAGGAAGGAAGAACGGAAAGAAAUAUAAGGAGGCUAAAGAUCUUGAGAAACUCAAAAAAGGACGAGGACGAAAAAAGGGAGGAAAAGAAAAAAGAAAAGGAAGGGGAAGAGAGAGGAAAAGAAAGCAAAAGAGAAUACCUAAUAAGGAAAGGGAGAAACAGAGAGAGGAAUAGAGGAAUUAAGAGGGAGAGAAAGAGUGAGAGGGGGAAGGAGAAAAAGAGAGAGAGAAAUAGUGAGGGAGGGAAAGAAGAAAGACAAGGGAGGGAGCAUAAGAGAGGAAAAGAAAGAAGAAAAGAAAGGCAAGAAGAGCUAGAAAAGAAGAGAUAG